UCACUACAGACUCUCUGGAAAGCCUGGGAGCUGAAUUCCGGAAGAUCGCCACAUCGAUGAAAUCAAAGCGAAGCCACCAAGCCAUCAUCAUGUCCACGUCGCUACGAGUCAGCCCGUCCAUCCAUGGCUACCACUUCGACACAGCCUCUCGUAAGAAAGCUGUGGGCAACAUCUUUGAAAACAUAGACCAAGAAUCACUACAAAGGCUCUUCAGAAACUCUGGAGACAAGAAAGCAGAGGAGAGAGCCAAGAUCAUUUUUGCCAUAGAUCAAGAUUUGGAGGAGAAAACACGUGCCCUGAUGGCCCUGAAGAAGAGGACAAAAGACAAGCUUUUCCAGUUUCUGAAACUGCGGAAAUAUUCCAUCAAAGUUCACUGAGGAGAAGAGAAUGGAUAAGGACGUUAUCCAAGAAUGGACAU